AUAGCGUGGGGCAGGGAGGAGGGUGAGUCUCUUGACUCGGCGUUGGUGGCCCAGCCAGGCUCUGGAGGGGGAAAUGAGAGGCAAGAGCCCAAAGGGAAUGGGGGGGUGGGCAGUUUCCUGGAAACUAAAGGUACAGAGGCUGGCCACCUGGGGCUGAGGGAGGAGGGCACUAGAGGCCUGAACUUCUCUGUCUGAGGAGGGGGCUGGGGUUGGAAGUCCCCCGUCUGAGGAAGGGGAGGCCUGGGGGCCGGACUCCUGGGUCUGGAGACAUUUAGGGUCAAAUCUCUGGAGAAUGACGUCAAAUUCCUGAGUUUGAUUUAUUGAAUGCCCACGGUCACCCUGCUCUGGCCAGGGUGAGGGUGGGGGUGGGUAGGGCCACCUUGACGAUGGGCACAGCCUCAGGUGUGCUGCAGAGCGGAGCCUUUGAACCCCAACCAGGAGGCCGGGAAGAUAAACUGGCUUCCACUCCCGCUUGCUCCUUCCUGGGCUCCGGGGGAGAGCCUGCCUCCGGGAGGUGCCCGUCUAGAAAGGAGCUGUCAGGCGCCAGAUCCACCGCUCCGUCUGUAGGAGAGGCUGGGGGCCGCGACUCUGGAAUUUGCAGGUGCGCUGCGCGGACCUGGGGGAUCAGAGGCCCUUGCUGGGCGCGGGGACACCCACGGCCGGAGGCUCCCACGUCUGGAACCCUGAGAGCUGGAGGAGGUUUUGCAUCCGCUCCAGGAGCAGCCUGGCUAACAGGUUCUUCACCUCCACCGGGAGGACGAGGCAGAGGGCGGAGGAUCUUCCUCCCCGCCCGGGCCUGCUGUCCGGGUCCUCCCUAGAGGCCGGGGAGUGGCCGGGCUCCGACCAUCCAGGUACCCCGAGCAGACUGUGAGCCCGGGCGCCGGAGAAGGGGGAGACAUCGAUGGACCCGAACACCUGGGUCCAGCAUUGCGUCUGGGCGCUAGAAGUCCACGUCCACCGAAGGAUACCGCUGCUGGAGGCCAGCCCUCGGAGCCAGUCGAGAGAAGCGGCAUGGAGGGGAAGGCUGCUGAGCUUUGGGACCUGGAGUUCGGGGUUCCGGGGGCGGGCGGAUGUGGGCUGCACUUGAGGACCGCGCGCUCCAGCCCCGCCAAGCCGACUGCAGAUCUGCCAUCCGCCAGGAGCUCAGCCGUCUUCUUCCUCCACAUCCACCAAGACCUGUUUCACAGUGGCCUAGACCUGAUUGCCCUGUGUCCAGACCGCCGCCUCCUGACACCCCCCGUGGCCAUCUUCUGUCUGUCGGGCUCACCGAUGGCCCCCAACACCUCCUUUCCCUGUCUUAAGCCCCCUGCCUCCCUCUCCGGAAUCUGGACCAUCUACCCAGAAGGCCGCUUCGGUAACCAGAUGGGGCAGUAUGCCACACUGCUGGCCCUGGCCCAGCUCAACGGUCGCCAGGCGUUCAUCCUGCCCACCAUGCACGCCACCCUCGCCCCCGUGUUCCGCAUCACCCUGCCCGUGCUGGCCCCCAAGGUGGACGGCCACACGCCAUGGCGGGAGCUGCAGCUGCAUGACUGGAUGUCGGAGGACUAUGCCCACUUGGAGGAUGCCUUUCUGAAGCUCAGGGGCUUCCCCUGCUCCUGGACCUUCUUCCACCAUCUCCGCGCCCAGAUCCGCCGCGAGUUCACCUUGCAUGAACACCUGCGGCAGGAGGCCCAGGGUCUACUGAGCCAGCUCCGCUUGGGCCGCACGGGGGACCGCCCUCGCACCUUUGUGGGUGUCCAUGUGCGCCGGGGGGACUACCUGCAAGUCAUGCCCCAUCGCUGGAAGGGUGUGGUGGCUGAUCGCACUUACCUCCAGCAGGCUAUGGACUGGUUCCGGGCCCGGCACGAAGCCCCCAUCUUUGUGGUCGUCAGCAACGGCAUGGCCUGGUGUCGGGAGAACAUUGAUGCCUCCCGGGGGGAUGUAAUCUUUGCUGGCGACGGGCAGGAGGGCUCGCCAGGGAAGGACUUUGCACUGCUCACGCAGUGCAACCACACCAUCAUGACCAUUGGGACCUUUGGUUUCUGGGCUGCCUACCUGGCUGGUGGAGACACUGUCUACCUGGCCAACUUCACCCUGCCUAACUCCAGCUUCCUUAAGAUCUUUAAGCCCGAGGCCGCCUUCCUGCCCGAGUGGGUGGGCAUUAAUGCAGACUUGUCUGCACUGCGGUCGCUGUCAGGGCCUUGAGCAGCAGGGAGACUUUGGAAUUGCUGAUUAGUCUUGGGCCAGCAUUUAUGCAUCUCCAGAGGCCUGGCAGCUUGGAGAGAAAAGAGGGCUUUCUGUAGCUGUCUGGACAUUCUAGAACCAGCAGAAGAUCUUUCCCUGUUGGUUGGCAAUGCCCAGAGAGGCUCAUGUCAGUUCUAGAAGGCAAUGCCUACCUGCUCUUCCCAGCCCAUAUCCAGAGUACAUCUAGAAGGAUGGCUGCACCCCAAGUACAGGCAACUCCCCCUUCUGAUGUUGUCCCUGGUCUUUUCUAGAAGAGAGGUUCAUCUCCAGGACUGAAGGAAUUUGUGGGUAUUCUAGAGCAAGCACUUACCAACUCCCCU